GAACGACAGCGUUUUGGCAAAACGAAAAAACUUGGCGCAAGAUUCUAUAGCUAGUCUCUUCUGAAUUCUGAACUCUGAUUCCACCAAAAAAGCGCAAGUCUCAGACCGCCGCCGACCACCGUUGGCACUGCAGUGAGCCGCCUCGGAGCACAGGUUUGUUGGUUUCUGAAUAGAAUGUUUAUUUGCUUCAAUUAAAAGUGAAUUUAUUUAUUUUAGCUUAUCAACUCGCAUAAGGGUUUGGAAGAUUUGAUCAAAGAACAGAGUAACGGAAAACAACAUUGCCUGAGAUGGAGUACGUCAGCCCAGAAGGACUUCGCUCUGAUGGUCGCCGACCCAUGGAAAUGCGACAAAUUCGAGCAGAGAUUGGUGCUGUAUCCAAAGCUGAUGGCUCUGCUAUUUUCGAGAUGGGUAAUACCAAAGUCAUUGCUGCUGUUUAUGGCCCUAGAGAGGUGCAAAAUAGGAGCCAACAAAUGAGCGACAAGGCUCUGGUUCGAUGUGAAUACAGCAUGGCUAAUUUUAGCACUGGUGAUCGCAUGAGGAAACCAAAGGGCGACAGGAGAUCAACUGAAAUUUCUCUGGUUAUUCGACAAACCAUGGAAGAAUGCAUAUUGACACAUUUAAUGCCCCGUUCCCAGAUAGAUAUAUAUGUCCAAGUUCUCCAAGCAGAUGGAGGAACUAGGUCUGCUUGUAUAAAUGCUGCAACUUUGGCUCUAGCUGAUGCUGGGAUCCCUAUGCUUGAUCUUGUAACGUCCUGUAGUGCUGGAUACCUCAAUAGCACCCCUCUGCUUGAUUUGAACUAUGUAGAAGACAGUGCUGGGGGUCCUGAUGUAACUGUAGGAAUUUUGCCGAAGUUAGAUAAAGUGACCCUUCUUCAGAUGGAUUCUAAACUACCAAUUGAUAUAUUGGAAAAUGUUAUGCAACUGGCCACGGAAGGAUGCAAAGCAAUUGCAAACUACAUCCGAGAAAUUUUACUGGAGAACACAAAGCAACUUGAGUAUCGCAGGGGUUCAUAGUUUUAUAGAAGUUCUUAUUUUCGUCAGUUAUGCAGUUUUUCUUCAAAAAAAUUUAUUAGAAUUCUAUUGUUGGCAUACGGUACUGACUCAGGCAGGAACAAGUAGAGGUGAACGUGCUUAAAUGCUGUUGUCACCUAGUUUUCAGGAUACCAUUGAACUCAUUACAACAGUGUUCUGUUUCAUUUAACCAAGCUUGAAUUAAAAUUUUGCCCCAUCUUUCCUUUGAUUUAUCGGGCUGGAAAUAUUUACAGUUCAAAUUGUUGUUAUACCAAAAAAUUUCAAUAGGUGUUUCAUUUCGCUGUUGACGAACAUGAUCGAAGUAGUUUUUUUGUUAUGAGCUGUGUAUUGAAUGACUCUUUAGAGAGGAGUUAACAACAAACUAUAUAUAUAUAACACAUUAUUCUUAGCAAA